AUUACCGUUCAUGAAUUGUUCCGUGUUCAUAUCCUGCGGCUCGCUGGCAGACAGUGACACCAUCUAACAUGCUACGGGCAUCAACUAAUGCAGCGACACGGUUCACUACGUGCAAGAUCUUACGACCGUACAGCUCGCUGCUGUGUAGAAGGUUCUUCACUAUUUUCAGUUCCAUCCGUAUCCCCUCAGCGCCCGCGGCUUCCCGAGCUGCGUCUCCAACCAGUCGCACGCAUGCUCUCUUCGCGCGCUGCUUAACCUCCAAUCCAGUAAUAUCAGACCCAUCUCGGCCAGACCUUUUCUACCACCCCGUUUCGCUUCCGAUGGUAGGCUCAGUCUAUGCAGUUUCCUUCCUCGCUCAACCACCACCGACCCCUGAUUCGUGCUCUGUCAUGGGAUGGUUGCCUGCAGAGAUUGUAGGAGAAGCGGACGCGGAAGCCGGGCUAAACGAUUUUGUAGAGAACCCCAAGUUUCGCGCAAUCAUGCACGAGGCAAUCCAAACCGGGUUACGGGAAAAAGUGGACGACAUUUGGAUCAACGCUGCGCUGCAAUUACAACAAGGCUGGAUGCAUAUACACGACAACCGCAACCUUCCAGCCCUAGGCAGAAUAGGCGAUCCGGAUGAUAUUAUUGCUUCUGUGUUAGUACGGGAUAGCAAAAUCCUUCCCAACACAUACCAGUCAAUGCCAUCUUAUCGCCUUUGCACUUCUGAUGGCCCGACCCUUCUUACGGAGGGCCUUGCAGCCAAGUUGAAGUUGGUGCUGGAGGGUGCAAUCGCCCGAGAAACGACCCAGUAAUGUCCUCUGUGGUUGCAUUGCCAUCCUUAACGCCACAAGCACCCUCAGCAGCCAAGGCCUUAAAACCUCAUGUUCGCCAUAGUCCUACGUAGUCGAUCGUGGACAAUUAGUACUUGUUACUUGCAUUGCCUCACUAAUCACCAAUACUACAUUCAUGCUUACAUCUUCCUUCGCAUACUCAUGACUCAUCAGCCAAACCUCAUGACCUGCA